AUGACGACGGCGACCUUCAAGUAUAUUGAUCCCAGAUCAUACAAUCCGAGCGCCACAGCUCCUUUUCAGAAACCGUGGAACAAAGUCGAUGGCCCAGGGAAGUCUUACAGUCUGAUAGAUUGCGAGAGGCGUGUCCAUGAUCUUCGGGGGCGUGAGGAGGAAUUCGCAGUGGACCUUUGCGGCUUUGCCGUUUAUCAUGCGCCCUCUGAGGAGAAAACAUUCACGGAUGAACGGCGGGUUCAAGACGUCUACUAUCCCGAAGUCGAGGCUCUCAUCCAAGAGAAACUCCACGGCGUGCAAAAGGUAGUGAUAUUCGACCAUACCAUAAGGCGGAGAAGCACAACGUCUCUGCGCCAACCUGUCCAGCUGGUUCACAUUGAUCAGAGUCCUGGUGCUGCCGAGGCACGAGCGCGACGUCACGUUCCCGAGAAAGAGGUAGAGAGGCUAUUGAGAGGGCGCUACCAGAUUGUGAAUCUGUGGCGGCCUAUUCAGAACCCUGCCUACGACCACCCCUUGGCAGUGAUCGAUGGGCGGAGCAUGGAGGUCUCCGAUUUCGUAAAAGUAGACCUACUGUACCCAAAGGUGGAUGAGCAUGGUAUGGCGGUCUCGAGCGAUCCAUCUUCACACUCACACGUUGGUUACGAGGUCAAGGGUGAACAAUACGCCAUUGCUCCGAGCGAAAAGCAUCAAUUCUAUCAUAUGAAGGACAUGACGCCGGAUGAGGUCAUCUUUAUCAAGUGUUUUGAUUCGAGCAGUAACCAAAUGACGGGCGGAAAGACGGACAUUGCGCAUGGCUCAGGACAUACGGCAUUUGCUGAUCCCGCAACGCCAGUAGAUGCGCCUGCGAGGCAGAGUAUCGAGACCCAGCAGUUGAACUUGAUCGACGACUCCCUCCCCUCUUUCCAAAACACAUGUACAGCUCAUUCUCGGUCUCAUCUAAACCUGGCCAGGAAGAAGACAGGCCGUUUGCUUGUAGUCGCUGCAGACGCGGCUUCAAGCGCGUGGAACAUUUGCGCCGGCACGUCCGCACUCCCGUGCUGGACAGACACCAAGGAGAAACCCUAUGCAUGUCAUUGUGGGGCCGUAUUUACUCGGAAGGACCUGCUCAAACGCCAUGUCAACAUAUCGCAUAGUCAGGGAGACCUCUUGGAAGAGUCUGCGAGCAGUGCGGAAAGUCGUUUGACGCCGUCGCCGGCUUCUCAAAGCGGCGAUAUGCAGGCUUCGAGCUCUGCCACCGUAGUUCCGCAGGGGCGUGAGGAGCAGAGCCCGCUCAUGUUCCCAGAGCCCUUGAUGGCGAUUGAUUGGAUCGAUAGCUCACCGCCCCGCGUAUCUGACUCCAGUCACCCGAUACUUGUGCCAUCUGAUUUCGUCGAUUCUCGUGCUGCGUACAGCUUCUCUGCUGACGAGCUUUCCCACCUCCAGCAGAUCACCGCUCACAUGGAAGGCCUGGAUUCGUCGACAGCAUGCGCCAACGUUGCCCCGUUUGAGCUGGGGGACUUUGGAAUGCUGACCGAGCAGACAUUUGAAGGCAGCCGAGAGCUAGGUCAUCAAGCUGAGUCUAAUGGUUGGAACGAGAACUUGCGGCCUGGAUCGCCGUUCUGGUCCAGGCUUCCUACAGCUCCGUCUGGAGGUCGCAUGUUGGCAGCUGUUGGGGAACAGCACUGUGCACGAGGUACCGAAUUGCCCAUUCCACUCUACAGGAUCUCCGAGGAGCGCCGCCUGCACAUUGAGAAUCUGCUUGGUGAGUUUCGUGACGUGAUAUCAGAACCUCCAAGUUUCUCCAGGCACACGUGGACCAGAUAUCUUACUUCAUUCUGGGAGGGAUUCCAGCCUCACAUGCCCUUCAUCCACAUACCGACAACAAACUUUCAAGAUUUGUCCAUUGAGGAGAUCUUGGCGUUCGCAGCUAUGGGUUCUCAAUACAGGUUCGAGCACCACAAUGGCGAUCGCCUGUUUCACGCUGGGAAAGCCAUUGUGUUGGAAAAGAUGAAGCGGGUUAAAGGUUCGUCAACUUAUCGCAACGUCACCUCGCCAGCAACGACAAGAAAGCCGGCAACUAGAUCGUCACAGAGAAUUUCUAGGCUACUCGUACAUGCCGCAGAGGAGACUAGGCAUGAAACUAACGAAGAGGAUCCGAACAGACGGCAAACUUUGUUCCAUCUUCUAAAAUCCUCGAUGACUCUACUUGGAUAUGCGGCAUGGGAGACUGCAGAACUUGUCAAAGAGUCUUUAAAGAUGCAGACCAUUGUCUCCGAAUUACUGAGACUGAUUGGCAUGAAAGAAGAAAGCGAUGCCACGACACCGGCUAGCUGGACCGACUGGGCACAGGCGGAGAGUGAUCGACGAAUUCAAUUGAUUGCUUUCUGCUGGAUGCAUACAUUGAGCAUCGCUUACAAUCAUCCCCCGGUGAUGAUGUGUAGCGAAAUCGGUCUUCGCCUUCCAUGCGUACCCGCCGAGUGGUCUGCCAAGACCGAAGCUGGAUGGCAAUCUGCUCAUGCUAGCUCCAAGACUCAACCAGGCUAUCAAGCGUCACUUUCGUUCCUCAUGACAAGCGGGCCGAAUUCCGUUCACUCUCACCAGGAACCCACAUCACUGGGAAAUUAUAUACUACUGCAUGGCUUGAUUCACAGAAUAUACCUUAUCCACGAACUUGCAAAGCUAGACGAGCAUGAUAGUUCUGGCAGGACCCGAAUGCGGUUUGAGGAGCUUGAAAAUGCAUUACGUAACUGGACAACCCUUUGGCAAAGAAAUCCAGACUCAAAUUUAGAUCCCAAGGAUGAACGCGGCCCAAUCCCGUUCACAUCGAGCGCCCUGCUUGGGCUUGCCUACGUCCGCCUGCAUCUGAACCUUGGGCCGCACCGCCGACUUGAGACCCGAGAUCCAAAGCUGAUUGCAAAGGCACUGUCUGAAUUAGACCCGCCUCAGCGUCACCCUCGUUUGAUCCCAUCGCUCCUAUACGCGAUUCAUGCUUUGAGCAUCCCCGUACGACAGGGUGUCGAUUACGUUGCCCGAAGUCAAGCCUUUUUCUGGAGCGUCAGACAUGCCCUUGGAGGAUUUGAAUGUGCAGUGUUCCUCGCUAAAUCGCUUUUCAUGGUCCAUCAGACUCUUGAUACACAAACUCCAACAGCUGACGAGGUUUGUAUGCUACAUUGGAUCCGGCGCGUAGUUGAGGAGGGGCGAGCGUCACUCGACCCUGGCGACAACGACGACCAACAACCUGUCGAGCAGUUGAGCCCCCUGCAGCUCGGGUUGGAAACCACGCGACUCUGGUCCCGCAUGUUCCGGCUCAAUAUCCAAUGGCCUAUUAUUAACAUUAUAGGAAUUGGCUUGGAAGAGUAUGCUGAUUUGUUAGAGCAUGGAUGA